GCAGUCAUUUUCAUUUGGGUUUUUUGCCCUCUCUUGUGCUUUGACCACAUAUUUUUCUCAUUUCCAGGAGGUGACAUAAAUGGGAAUGCAGACGGAAGUGAAUGUCUUUGUCUUGUUUGUGGGAGAAGCUUCAGUUGUAAAUCAAACCUUAAUCUUCACAGGAGAACACACAUAGGAGAACAAUCAUUUAAAGAUGGUGAGAGUAGUUAUAGGGAAAAACUGAUUUCCCAUGAACCCUCUCAAAUAACAGAGAAACCAUUUCAGUGUUGGAAAUGUGGCAAAAGUUUCAGGUGUAGGUCACACUUUGUGUCACAUCAAAGACAGCACUCAGGGGAGAAAUCAAUAGGUUUGGAGUGUAGCAAGAACCCAAAGCAGAAGAUACACCAGAUUAACUAUGAAGCAGGACAUAUAGGGAAGAAACUUUUGAAAUGCUUGGAAUGUGGAAAGAGUUUUAGUGAGGAUAUAAGCCUUAUUCAUCAUCAAAAAACUCACACAGGAGACAAGCCAUUUCCGUGCUUGCAAUACAGAGAACGGUUCCAUCAGAAGUCAUACUUAACUCGUCAUCAAUUAAAUCUUACAGGGGAGAAACAUUUUAAAUGCAAAGAAUGUGGAAGGAGUUUCAGUCAAAAGAGUACCCUUGGUCAUCAUCAGUUAGAUCAUUCAGGGGAGAAAAUAUUUCAAUGCUUGGAGUGUGGAAAGACAUUUAGUCAGAAGGCUGAUCUCUCACGUCACAAGACAACGCAUACAGGAGAGAAAGCGUUUCAGUGCUUCCAAUAUGAAAAGAUGUUCAGUCAGAAGGCAAACCUCUCACGUCAUGAGACGACGCAUACAGAUGGCAAAUGGGAAAAGAGCCUCAGCCAGAAAAGAAACUUCAUUCAUUCAUCAAUUCACCCAGGAGAGAAGCGACUGAAAUGCCUGGAAUGUGGAAAGAAAUUCAAUCAGAAGUCAUGCUUAACUCAUCAUCAAUUAUCUCACAUAAGGGAAAACCCAUUUCAGUGCUUGCAGUGUGGAAAGAGGUUCAGUCGAAAGAGUACCCUUGUUAGUCAUCAAUUUACUCACACAGGGGAGAAACCACUUCAGUGCUUGCAGUGUGGAAAGAGGUUCAGUUGG